AGACAAUUAAUUUUUCGCUGCCAUUUGUGAAAGACGUGUACUGCGCAAUUAGCAAAUUUUCCAAACGCUUACGGUCUGACCGUGUUUUAUUGUCCAAGUUCUUUAAAGGCUUAAAUACGAUUUGCCAAGAUGACGAAAAUAAUGACACAGUUAAAUUUUAGUAGUAGUAAUUUCCAUGAUAUCGCUGGUGUACUGAUUGAACCCAACGCUGCGAAGAUCAAAAUCUACGGUGGUGAGGCGGCCUCUCUGAGCGCGGCCGGCAGCAAGCGCUCGGCUUUGUCGUCUUCCGACGCCGAGUGUUUCUCGCUGUGCCUGGGCGCCGGGCCUCUGUGGUGGUCCGAUGUUCCGGCUCACAGCUCGGCACCUCCCGGAGGGGUGGGUGGCGGGGCUGCGAGCCCCGCUAACUCCAUACCCUCCUCCCCGACACACGACGGCAAUCAUGGUCUGUUGAGGAGUCUACUGUGGGCAAGCGCUAGUUCGAUUAGCAGCGAGGAGAGCGGUUUGAGCGAGUGUGGCUUGAAUCCGGAUUUUCAUCCCGAGCAUAGAGCAACGGUGAUACGCAAGAUUCUGGAGCGCAAAGAACGCCAGGCGGUGAAAAUCGACUUCAAGAUUUAUCUCACCGAGAACACCCACACUCGCUGGGAAGCUGUCGUAAAAGACAACAGCAUGUAUCUGCGGGUGCCUGGUGUGUUGCAGUCUGGAAGCAAGGAGAGCUUCAUGCUGCUGCUCGACUUUGCCGAAGAGCAGCUCCGAUGCACCAAUUGCAUAAUCUGUGUGCAAAAGUCUCGACCGGACCGUGCAACACUGCUCCGUACUUUCAUGUUUAUGGGUUUCCAACCGCUGCCGCCGAAUUCUCCUAUGAUGCGCGAAAUAGCCAAGCCCGACUAUAUAUUCCUGCACUACAACAUGCAGUAAGGUUGUCAGGUGCGAUGGUUUUUACCCCAAUUUGGAGAAACAUCAUAUAUAAAUUUUCAACUUAAAUAAUAAUAAUGUUGCUAUGUUAGCCCACUUGGUAAAAAUUAUCUUAACUGGCAAUUUUUCUGUAUUCAAUAGAUUUUCACAAUUUUAAUGCACUUUACACUUCAGUAUUUAAAAUUUGAAUUUGGCACACCACUGUCACAGAUGUUGCCAUAUACAGUAUUUGAAACUCGCUUGAAUAGAUUCUUCAACAUGUCCUAGAGUUAGAUGCUUAGAUUAUUGUAGAGUGGGGUUUUUCUUUUAUUUCUUUAUAAAUUAUCGUACAUGGAAGAAAUGAAUUCAUCGUGAGUGGAAGGUUUGCUGUAUUUUUUAUAAAGAAAUGAAAGAAAUUCUAUAUUUUCACUUCACUACUACUCUGUACUCGUAGUAUUUUUUCAUUUAUAACGUAAGAAUUAUGUCGUCGUGUUUAUUAUAUACCCUCUCCGGGCCAGUGCCGAAAAAAAAAUAAAAAAAUAAUUAAAAAAACAAAAAAAAAUGUAUUAUAAAAAUUUAUUAUGUGCAUACUAUUAUUUUGUGUUUUACUUCUAUAUCAACUUAUAACGUAGGUUAAGAAGGACGGUUUUAUAUAUUUCUGUACAUUUUGGACAAACAGAAACUUUGUCUUCUAAGAAAGUUGAUAAAUUGAAUACCAUUACAUUUCUGUCCAAUGUGAUUUUAUGAUCUUUAUGCUAAUGGAAAAUCUACAGAAAUAUAUAACCCAUUCAAUUAGAAUUACAGGUUUAUUUUGAAUGUACAUGAAUUAUUAGUUACUCUUGCACUUAUAACAAGUCAAAAUCGACAAUCAAGUCACCUCUGAUCGACUUGGUUCAUUUUAAAGUUUUUUUUUAGAAAUGUGCUGCAUCUUCUACCACGGGGGAUGAGAGGAUACUUCCGUCCCAAUGGUCUAGUUGUCCAUAGGCGGCAGUAUUUUUUAUUUACCACCAGGUGAAGAAAUUGCCCCUCUGCCCCCUCUAAUAUGCAUAAAAAAAUUCAGUAUCAAAAUAAUUUCAAAUACAAAUGUACAAUGUCUUAGAAAACUACAAGAUUCUUUCUAUGUGUAAAAUCAUUUUUUUCAUUAGCUUAUAUUUAUCCAACACCAUUAUUUUGAUAAAUUCUUUAAUGCAAAUUCCGAAGUGCAAGAGUUUAGAAAAUAAGUAUUUGUAAGUGGUUUAAUUUUCUUUUUUUUUAUCUAAACGCUAUAAUUUUUCUUGUAUUUGUGAUACUUUGUGGUACGAAUUUAUCUUGAACACUAAGUUAUUUUGCUGCUGAAGUAUCACGAAUGCAAGAGAUUUAUAUUAAAGAGACUAAUUUUAUUGAUUUUAUCAGAUGAAUUUCGGCUGAACGAACAGCAAACCUUUGUCUGGGUGCAAUGUUGCCACAUCUAAAUAUAUUUCCCCGAAUGGCUGGUGAAAUCAGUAAAGUUUUUUUAUGUAAGUGGUGGCAGUGUCGCGUCCAUGUUUUAUUACAAUGUUUCAACGAAGAUUUUAAUUUGAUUUGGACGCGUUUUUAGUUGUAAGCUAAUUACUAUUAAAUAUAAUUUUAAUCA